CCCGAACAGGCUUAGCCUCAGCCGCGUUGAAUCUUGGCCAUUGAAGCUACCACGCCUUCGCAGCUGCAGGUUCGACCUUUAUCUAUUAAAGCUGCCUUUGUCCCUCCUUUCCAAUGCCAACUCGUUUCCCCAUUGAUAUUUUCCCUCCCUCGAUAUUGCCUCAUCGUUGCUGACUGCACUCUACGCUCACAUCCCCCGAAUCCGCUGAUUCGGCGACCAUCCCCGUCAAAAUGGCGUCAAACGCCCCCUUCCAGUUCGCGGGCGAUUCCGAGUCGGACGACGACAACUUCAACCCCGCGCCUGCCGACAUGUCCGAUGAAGAAGAAGACGCCGCAGCUGACGCUGGAAACAGCGACCGCCGCGCAAGCAGCCCUGCUGCAGAUGACGGCCAGAAUGAGAUGGAGGAGGAUGACGACCGUCCGACCAAGGCCGGGAAGAAACGGCCUCGCGAGGACGACGAUGAAGAAGAAAACGAGGGCGAAGAGGAAGAGGAUGAAGAAGAUGCAGAGAAGAACGGAGAUGAUCAAGACGAAGAAGAAGAAGAAGAGGAGGAGGAGGAGGAGGAGGAAGAGGAAGAGGAAGAUGAAGAUGUCCAUCGCCAUCGUCGCAAGCGGCGCAAGGACCACCGUGCUGCUUUCUUCGAUAUCGAGGCCGAGGUCGAGGACGAAGACGAGGCCGAAGAUGAGGAGAAAGAGGGCGAGGAGAUUGAGGACUUCAUCGAUAAUGCGCACCCCGACGACAUCGCGGAUAGCGGCCAUCUUGACGAUGAUAGGAGGCACCGCGAGCUGGACCGUCGCCGCGAGAUCGAGGCGAGCAUGGAUGCAGAGAAGCAAGCCGAGAUUUUGCGAGCCCGCUACGGCAAACGGGCCCCGGCCAGGGGUUACGGAGAAAUGACGGUCGUUCCCAAGCGCCUGCUCCUUCCGAGUGUUGAUGACCCUGGCAUCUGGGCUGUCAAGUGCAAAGAAGGGAAGGAACGUGAUAUCGUCUUCUCCAUCAUGCGGCGCAUAGAGGAACGAGCCGGUGGUAAGGAUGAACUUCCCAUCACAGCGGCGUUUGAGCGCGGCGGGCCGAACUCGGUCAUGAAAGGCUACAUCUACGUUGAAGCUCGCCGCCAGAACGAUAUUUUGAUUGCGCUGGACGGCGUUCUCGAUGUCUAUCCCCGGACCAAGAUGAUACUUGUCGAGUUGAAGGACAUGCCGGACCUCUUGCGCGUUAACAAAACGCCCAGCCUGGAGCCCGGCGCGUGGGUGCGGUUGAAACGGCCGGCAAAGCACGCUGGCGACCUCGCCCAGGUCCUCGACGUGACCGAGAACGGCUUGGAAGCCCGGGUGCGCUUCAUUCCCCGACUGGACUAUGGUGUCCGAGAUGAUACCUCGUCCUCGCUUACGGCAGAUGGUAAGCGGAAGCGUCCCGGCAUGCCUGGGCCUCGACCUCCCCAGCGACUCUUCAGCGAAGCCGAGGCAAGAAAGCGGCACCCCCGUUACAUCCAAGGCAAUCCGCAGACCAACACCUGGACGUAUAUGGGUGAAGACUUCGAGAACGGGUUCCAAGUCAAAGACAUCAAGAUCCAGCAUUUGGAAAUCAAGGAUGUGAACCCGACACUGGAAGAGGUGACAAAGUUCGCCAGCGGUUCCGAGGACGGCACCGAGAACCUCGAUCUCAAAGCUCUCGCUGCAAGCCUCAAAGACAGCAACGCAAGCUCUGCCUAUCUCCCGGGUGACGUCAUCGAGGUGUACGAGGGCGAGCAACAAGGUGUUGUCGGCAAGGCGGUUAGUGUACAAGGUGACAUUGUCACUCUGAAGGUGACGGAAGGCGACCUGGCGGGGCAGACAAUCGAGGUGCCCAACAAGGGUCUCCGCAAACGGUUCAAGACUGGUGACCACGUCAAGGUCAUCGGCGGUAGCCGGUUCCGCGACGAAGUCGGCAUGGUCGUCAAGAUCGUCGAUGACCGUGUCACGAUCCUGACCGACCAGACGAACACCGAGGUGACCGUCUUCAGCAAGGACCUGCGCGAGGCGAGUGAUAUUGGCGGGCAGGGAUCGCUUGGCCAGUACUCGCUCCUCGACCUUGUCCAGCUUGACCCUACCACUGUUGCCUGCAUUGUCAAGGUGGACCGCGAAUCAAUGGUUGUGCUGGAUCAGAACGGCGAUACCAGGCAAGUGAUGCCUUCUCAAAUUGCCAACAAGCUUCCCAAGAGGAGGACAGCAGUGGCCGCCGAUCGGAACGGUUCCGAGAUUCGGCUCGACGACGUUGUGCGCGAGUAUGGCGGGCAGCAGCGGCAGGGCAAGAUCAUCCACAUCCACCGGUCCUUCAUCUUUCUCCACAGCAAUGCGACCACUGAGAACGCUGGCGUGUUUGUCACGAGAGCUGGCAACGUCACAACCGUCGCGGCCAAGGGCGGCCGGACCGCGAACACGAAUUCCGGCCCCGACCUGAGCACCAUGAACCCGGCUCUCAAGCGGAACCCGGCCCAGAACCAGCCGAUGCAGCCGCCCAAGACCUUCGGCCGCGACCGCGCCCUUGGCCAGACGGUGAGCAUCAGGAGGGGUGGUUAUAAGGGCUUGAUGGGUAUUGUGAAGGACACGACCGACACUGAUGCGCGCGUCGAGCUUCACGGCAAGAACAAGAUCGUCACUGUUCCCAAGGCGGACCUCAUUUUCAAGGACAAGGUGACUGGUAAGACGAUUGACAUUUACAGUCGGUCGGGGGGACCUGGUUUCGGGGGCCUUGGACGUGGCGGAUUUGGAUCUGGCGACCGACCCGGCGGCAGCAGAACGCCCAUGGGCGCGGGAGGUGGAGAGAGGACUCCGGCCUGGGGUGUUUCGAAAGCGGCCGCCCGCACACCUGCCUGGGGUCGCGCCGAGGCAUCUGGUUCGCGCACUCCCGCCUGGGGCGACGGUUCGCGUACCGUCAAUCCGUACGAUGGCAGCCGGACUGCGUACGGCGACGGCAGCCGCACCGCGUACGGUGGUGCCACGUCUUAUGGCGGCUCUCGCACGCCCGCCUGGUCCUCGAGCGCCAAGACGCCGGCCCACGACGGCUUCGGCCAUGGCUCCAAAACGCCUGCGUACGGCUCGUCCAGCAGCGACCCCUGGGGCUCCAAAACACCAGCCUACGGCGCCUCGGCUCCCACGCCGGGAGCUAGCGGCGGGGACAGCUGGGGUUACACGCCCGGCCCGAGCGGCGGGUCGCAUGCCUACGAUGCGCCCACCCCCGGUGCCGGUCUGGGUGCGCCUACCCCGGCCGCACUCAAUGCUCCCACACCGGGCGCCUACUCGGCACCAACACCGGCGGCCGCCAGCGCUCCGACGCCGGGUGCAUGGCAGGGUGGCUGGGGCGCUGAUGCCGCGCCCACUCCGGCCGUGGGGGCUCCCACCCCAGCCGCUAGUGGCGGGUAUUACGGCGCACCGACGCCGGCCGCGUACGGCGGUGCGCCGGAGACGCCUGCUGCGUCGGGCGAGAUUCGGUAUGCGGAUGACGAUUGAGGGGAAGGGAGGCAGAUAUGGAGAUUGAUUUCGUUGACGGUAAUGGCUGAGGGGGGCGGUGGCGUUUGGUCGGGAAAGGGAACCAAAACAGCGCAUCUCGUCCGUUUAAUCUGUUCCAGGGGGGAGGAGGGGUCAUCAAUAUUUAUGGGACCAUUCAUAGACAAGCUUCUUCGUAUCUAUCGAUUGGCCUUGAUUUUUUUUUUUUUUUUCCCCAUUUCGUUGCUCUGCUGUGUUCAUGAAGGCUCUCAGAACGUUUUGGCAGUCGCGAGGGAUGACUUGGACACCAAUUCGAAUAGGGUCCGUUGGGUUCAACUUUGAAUGCCAGGCAAUGUCACAGAAAUGAAGAGCUCCGGCCUGAUAAUUACGUGCUUGAUGAUGAAUAAUUACCCUG